AUGAACAGUACACCCAGCAGAAAGAUUAUGCCCAGCGAUCCGGCUAGCGCCCGGCGUCGGGAGAAUACCGGGUCUCCCGAUGUAAAAUUUGUAACCGGAGAAGAAUAUGCGAUCACAGAAGCCAUGCCAUUAUCAAGAAGAAAGAAGAAUAAACCGCUACUAAUAGGCACCUGGAAUGUAAGGAGCCUUAUCAAGACAGGAAAACUAGAGAAUACCAUUCAGGAAAUGAAAAGACUCCAGUUGAGUAUUCUGGGACUAAGUGAGAUCAAAUGGUCUGACAAUGGCAUAGUAAAUAAGGAUGACGUAACGCUAUACUACUCUGGAAAGCCAGCAGCAGAAAAGAACCACCAUUACGGUGUCGGAAUGUUGAUUAAGAAGGAAAUGUCAAAGUUCGUAACCAAUUUUGUUCCAUACUCGGAUAGAUGUAUGCUGUUGCAGUUCAAUGCUAAACCCUUUAAUUUAAGUGUUCUUCAGGUAUAUGCGCCUACAGCUCGAAGCACAAAUGACAAAAUCGAAUCAUUUUAUAAAGAAGUAGAAGAGCUAAUACAGAGCAUCAAUUCACAAGACAUGAUCAUUAUACUAGGCGAUAUGAAUGCCAAGAUUGGUAGAGGAGCCGUAGGAAAAACAGUAGGAGACUAUGGGCUUGGCGAAAGAAACGAAAGGGGCGAUAGAUUACUACAAUUCUGCGUCGAAAAGGACUUAAUAAUAACAAACACCUGGUAUCAACACCCACCCAGACGAUUAUACACGUGGACAUCUCCCCGAGACACAGCCGAACAUGUUGCUCAUAAGAGGGCCUUGUCGAAGCAGUUGUUGGAGGAAAGGGAGGAAAGCGAAGUGGAGCUCCAGAAAGUAAUCAACAAAAACUCAGAAUUGAAAAGGGAGCUGGCGGACAAUGAUGUGCAGCUGACUGAUGCCCGCGGAGAAGUGGACCGUUUGCAAGGCACAAUAGACACCUUCAACCAGUGCGCUUCGACACAUGAAGUGGCCUUGGCCCGCAUCACACAGUUAGAAGAAGAACUGGAUUUUGAGAAAGCAUUCGACAACGUAAAACACGAAAAACUAAUGCAUAUACUCAAUAAGACCGAAAUAGACAGCAAAGACCAAAGAAUUAUCAGAAACCUGUACUGGAACCAGAACAAUAAAUAUCAAUUUUUAAGGAAAAUAAUAGAAGGCAAAAUAGAGGGCAAGAGAAGUAGAGGAGGAAGGAAGCUAACCUGGAUGAAUAAUAUUAAAAGCUGGACUAGUAAUGAGAACGCUGCCAUUCUGAGCAGAAUAGCACAGGACAGGAAUAAGUUCCGAGAGAUGGUCGCCGACGUCCGAUGA